AUGGCUGGCACAAAAUGCAAGCUCAACACUGGAGCGCAGAUUCCGUCUAUUGGGUUCGGCACCUGGCAGGAUGUUGGUUCCCAAGAGGAUGCGGUCAAGGAGGCUAUUAAGGCUGGGUAUAGGCACAUUGAUACCGCCCGAGUAUAUGGCACCGAGAAAGCCGUGGGAAAGGCAAUACAAGGGAGUGGCAUACCACGCGAGCAGCUCUUCGUCACCACGAAGCUCUGGAACAAUAAGCAUCAUCCGGAUGAUGUACCCAAAGCCCUCGAUGAUUCCCUCAGGGAUUUGGGACUGGACUACAUUGAUUUAUACCUGAUACAUUGGCCGGUGGCGUGGAAGCGUGGCGACGAGCUGUUUCCCAAAGAAAACGACAAGUUUGUCAUGGAGAACAUUGACAUCGUUGACACUUACAAAGCCAUGGAAAAACUGCUACAAACCGGCAAGGUCAAGGCAAUUGGCGUGUCCAACUUCUCCACGGCGGAGAUGGAACGUAUAUUAAAGAAUGCGUCAGUGGUUCCUGCAGUCCAUCAGAUGGAAUGUCAUCCCUGGUUGCAGCAGCAAACAUUCGCCAAAUGGCACAAAGAAAAAGGCAUUCAUGUCACCCACUAUUCGCCGCUUGGCAACCAGAACGAGCUUUAUUCGGGUCCAAAGCACUUGGGAAAGCUCAUUCAGCACCCGGUUCUCUGUGAUAUCGGCAAGAAGCACAACAAAUCAGGGGCCCAGGUUGCACUCGCUUGGGGAGUUACCCAAGGCCAUUCGGUUUUGCCCAAGUCCAAGACCCCGGAACGCAUCAAGGCAAACUUGGAAGGCGAUUUCAAACUCAGUGACGAGGACAUGAAGAAGAUUGGAGAGAUUGACCAAAAAUUACGAUUCAACGAUAGUAGCGCCGAAUUUGGCAGGGAGUUCUUCUCGGAUUUGGAUGGAAAAUAA